AUGGACGGUUUACUGACAGAAGUUAAGACCGUUACUCAUGACCAGGACACGCCCCUAUCAAUUGCCAAGGAGAGGCCUGUCAACGAGUUAGAGAGGCAUGAAGCCACUUCGAAAGCCGACACUGAUGCAGAUCCGACAUCCGCGGAUUAUAUAUUGACAGUGCUGAAGUCGAAACCCGAUCGUGCAGGACUUUCUGGCAUUCUUAAAGUACUGGAUCCAUCAAACAAAUGUAUAACUCCAAGAGUCUUUGAUAUUAGAGUUCCCAGUCCGACAACAGCUCAAAUACUCAAUGCCUUAGGCACCGUUACGGUCCCUGAUCAUUGGGCCUCAUUGAAUGCAAGGUCAAAGGUGUCAACGUCGGAAGACAAUAAACUACGGGCCGCUCUACUGAGAUGCUUUAGCAGCGUCUCCGGUAUUAGUUGCUUGGUGACUCAACUUCGCUCACUUAUAGCUGCAGCGCGGUCAUCCUCCCAGCAGGCGAAAGCAUCAGGCUCUCAAAUUCAGAUUCAAGAUAUUCUGGCAAUCCUUUCUGCUCUCUUGAAGCCCAAAGAUCUUACAUUGCGUAUAUACACGGAUCUUGAGACACUCUACAGCAAUGCAACUCAGAAGCAGGUUGCAUGGAGAGAAUUCUUGUCUCUUAUUGCUGCUAGCAAGGUUCUCUCGGCUACAGCGGAGGCUUUCACGUUAGCUGGGGAUUUUGAUAGCCUGAAUAUGAUCUUAUGGGUUGGAGAUGGCCCCCAAUAUACCUCUUGGUUAGGUAAUAACAUCUGUCAUAUGGUGUCAAAAAUUGAUUUGGAUAACCAGGAUGCUUGGAAAGCGGUUGCCUCUCUAACUGGACGAGCAUUGAGCCUUGGUUAUACAGAUCACCUGGCUCGCGAGUUAUAUACCAACUUGCUCAAUAGCGAGACUCUGCGAGAACGAUAUAAUUCUCUUUUCGCUACACUUCGGCCGAUGGAACAGCUUGCGGUGUUGGAAGCCACAUUCCGCGACCUUGAAAAGAAAUAUUUCUUAGCACUGACCGAUCCAAGCAAUGAGGUUAUCCUGCACCAGCGUGUUAACGGUGUUGCAGGAUUGUGCUCUAGCAUCAUAGGUGAGCGCCAACAUAUACAAACUCAGCUUCUGGAUUGGCUGUCAAAGGGCCAGGGUGGCUCCAUACAGACUAUCGGGUUACGCCGGGCAUUGUUGGCUAGCUUUGCAGAUCAGAAGGAGUCAAUGACGACGUUGCUCAAAAACAGCCUGGAACAGUCUAGUGACAAGUUCUAUAUUAAGCAUGCGCCAAUUGUGAGCCAAGAAGCGAAUACCCAAGUCCUACUGCUGGCAGCAGGUUACCUUAAGCGACUUGAUUCAAACGCCAUCAUGGAAAUGGGACGUUCGAGUGCGUUUCUCAACACGGUUUCCAACCGUUUGGCCGCGUCAUCCUCUAAAGCCCGGUUUCUUGGAAUGAUCAUUGGGAUGUCAAUUUCGCAGCUCAUUGAACAGCCGGGGAAAGCAAUGAAAUUUGACCUCGAAGAAAUGGAGGGCGACGAGGCCUUGUGGUACUUCAACUUGGUCAAUACUCAAGACAGUAUUGGGUCUUUCGCAUCAAUUGUGCCAACUGACUCAGCAUCCAUACCACAACAACCUGCCAAAAGUUCAUCUACUUCGGCAACGGCUACUCGGAAACUACCAGCUCGACAGACAGCGAAGAUAGUGGCUAUCGAAGAAAUAGAGUCCGAAAAUGAAGACACUGAAGAAGAUGAGGACCUCAUUCCCUACGAGAAACCCGAUGAAGAUCUAUACGAUUCAGACGAGGACCCAACCUUGGUCCAACGCAACAAACCAACAACACCAGUCUAUAUCCGUGAUCUCAUAAUCUACCUAAGAGACACGGAAAACAUAGAACGCUUUGAACUAGCAAUAAGCACUGCUCCCUCAUUAAUCAGACGAAAAACCGGCUUUGGGACCGAACUAGCCGAGAAUACCGAAGAACUAGCCCUUGUCAUAGUUGGUCUACAAGAGCAAGGCAAAAUCCCGAAAUUCCAUGAGUAUCGGCUACAGAGUAUCAUUGCCUUGGUCGUGUCCCAACCUUUGAAGAUGGGUCGAUGGCUCACUGCAAUGUUCUUUGACGGAGACCUGUCUCAAGUCCAACGAUCUGCAGUUCUAACAGGCCUAGGUCUGAGUGCUCGUGAAAUAGCUGGGAAUGGCGAGAAUGACGCUAAGACACUGGGCCUUCCGACACUACCAGACGCCUCGUUCCCAUCGAAGAAGUUACCGGCCAAUUUGGAAGCGUUAUACUCGAGCAAUGAAUCCCCAAUAGCUAGUCUAACAAAGAAGCUAGCACAGACAUCCCUUCAACCACUGGCAGCUAAUGCUGCAGAUUCGCUUUCUGGCCCGAACGCUCUUAAAGUCCGGACAUUCUCUUCUCGAAUGGAGGUCGAGAAGCAACGCAAGCAGCGAGAGGCCCAACGUCAGAAAUCUACAGCUAAGGAUCUCUACAAAGUGCUGGCGGAAGGGUUCUUCCAUCCACUAAAGAGUCGAUUUGAGAUCAUGAUGCUGCAGUUCUCUUCAUCAACAGCACCUUCAUACAACCCCUUCCUUACUCCUAAUCUUCUCACAUUGUUCAUCCAGACCCUUACCCUCACGCUUUCCACCAUGGGGCCUCAUACUCCAUACCUCCCUACCGUCACAGAGGACGCAUUGACCUUCCUCCUCUCGCUUCACACGCGUCCCGUUUCUGACGACCCGACAAUCCUCUCUGCCCUUCUAGCUCUCUUCCUCGCGAUAGUAGAUCUGAAUGUCGCAUCGGGCUCCACCGGUGAGGAACGGCUCGUCACCGAGUUCGCAUCGCAGGUAAUCGAGCUUCGUGAGUGGGCAGGCGAGGUUUUCGACCGUACACCUGCAGUCAAGGGAGACGAACCUAGAGAACAGGUCAGAACAUUAGCAGCAGGUGUCAUGGUCAAGCUAGGAGAAGUGAUGGAACGGUACCAAGGACGGUUGAUGGGUGUGAAUUCCGGGUUCAAGUAUUGA